CCCGGCUCCUCCUCUCAUUCGUCGCCUGGCGAGGCAAGCGCCGCGCCGCUGCGCUCAGACGCUGGGCCGUCUCGCCCGCCCAAGCCGCUCUUCAUGGGCGACAUCUCGGACGACGAUGACAUCGUGGAUGACGAGCCUGAGGAGACGAGGCCCGGUCCAGCACAGGCUGAGAACGCCGCGCCGGGGCCCUCCCGCCUGCCUGCCGCCGCUGCUCCUGCAGCAAGCGCCAAGCCUAACGCCUUUGCGCGGCUCAUGGCUCCUGCCUCGGACGCGCUGCAGUGGGCCGGCGCCGAUGCCGUCGAGCAGAACAACUACAAGGGCGCGGGCCGCACGCGCCGCGCCGCCCGCACCGCGCCCUUCUACAAGAUUCUCGAGGGCAUGCCGAUCUGCGUCGACGGCUUCCGCUUCGGCAAGAUCCACGGCUGCACGGCAUACUUCCUCAGCCACUUUCACAGCGACCACUACAUCGGCCUCAGCAAGGCAUGGACGCACGGCCCAGUGUACUGCAGCGCCGAGACGGCGUCCCUCGUGCGCUCCUCGCUCUACGUCCCGCCCGAGUUCGUCGUGGCGCUGCCGUUCGACGAGCCGUUCGAGGUGCCGAACACGGGCGGCGUCAUCGUCACGCCCAUCUCGGCCAACCACUGUCCCGGCUCUGCGCUCUUCCACUUCCGCGGCCCCCAGACGCGGCACAUCCUGCCGCCGCCGCCCGGCGGCCACCACCCGGCGCUGCGCAAGGGCAUGAGCACGUACCUGCACUGCGGCGACUUUCGCGCGUGCCCUGCGCACGUCGAGCACCCGACCGUCAAGGCGCACAAGCUCGACAUCAUCUAUCUCGACACGACGUACUGCAACGCGCGCUACUGCUUUCCGCCGCAGCCGCUCGUCGUCGAGGCGUGCGGCGAGCUGGUGAGCAAGCUGGCGCCGGCGCAGUGCCAGGGUCCCGACGUUGGGCUCGAGGGAGCCGAGCAGUGGCGUGAGCGCGCGCCGACGAAGCGCGAGGCAGCGGCAAUGAAGACGGAGGCGUCAGAGUCGCUGGCGCGCAAGGCGAUGCAGGGCUGGCUGCAGCCGGAUGCAGAGGCGGGCGCGUCGAACCUCGCAUGCAUCAAGGACGAGCCUGUCGUCAAGGACGAGCCUCUGCUCGACGACGCCGGCCUCGAUGAGGAGGACGCGUGGGAGUCAGCCCACGCCGACGUCGACGGCGGCUUCCGCGACGAGGUGGAUCGCGACGAGCUCGACGAGGACGCCGAGGCCAUGUACCAGGAGGCGCUUGGUGACCCGGAGCGUCCCGGCGAAGAAGCGCUGUGGCGCGUCAAGGACGAGCCCGUCGACGAGGAUGAGCGCAAGGCGCUUGCUCUGCUUGAUGUGAAGCCCGAUGUCAAGCCCGCUGCUUCCUCUAGCGCUGCGGCUUCGGGCAGCACUCCUGCGGUGCGCUCGGCGUUCGACAUGCUCGGCAAGUCGAACGCAGAGACGUUCCCCGACUCGACGACGCGCGGCCGCCUGCUCGUCGUCGUGGGCACCUACACGAUCGGCAAGGAGAAGAUUGUCCUUUCGUGCGCGCGUGCGUUGCGCUCGAAGGUAUACUGCGCCGACCCGCGCAAGUAUCGCGUGUACGCGCAGCUCGACGAGCCGGAGCUGCAUGCGCGCCUCACUCGCAACCCGCUCGAGGCCUCGGUGCACGUCACGGGCCUGCGCAUGAUCAACGGCGAGGCGCUGCGCCAGCACGUGGCGGCGAUGCGCAAGCUGGGCGCCGACUGGCAGCGCGCCGUGGCCUUUCGCCCCACGGGCUGGAGCUACCGGCCGCCUGCGGGCAUCGACACUGUGUCGCCGGCGCUGGAGCGCGUCAUUGAGGUGAACCAGGCGACUGGCUUCGACGCCAGCGGCCUGCAGCCCACGCGCGACAGCACUUCGGAGUUCCGCAUCUACGGCGUGCCGUACAGCGAGCACUCGUCCUUUUUCGAGCUCUCCGCCUUCGCCCUCUCGGUCGACUACGAGCGCAUCAUUGCCACCGUCAACGUCGGCUCGCCGCAGAGCCGCGCCAAGAUGGCAAAGUGGUUCGAGCGCUGGAAGGCCGAGCGCAAGCGCCGCGCCUUCGUCCCCGUCACGCCGCGCGCCAGCACGUUCUUCUGAGGCCCGCCCGCCGCCGCCAAGACCCGGUCCUCACCUCAUCAUCCCUCUGCGUUCAUAGGUCACCCAUGCAUCUUCUGUAGCAUCAUCACUUUCACACGUCCUCACCAUCAGCAUUGCGACGCACAGCAUCGCAAUCUCAUUCGUCGCGCCCCCAGCCAACCGAAAGCUGGCAUGGCUUCAUGGAUCCGCCUCGGGCUUGGC